GGUCUACGAAAACAGAUUUACGUUGGUCAAAAUGAACUUUAUGAUCGCUAUACCGGAGUAUGCAAUCCUUACUGACGAUAACAGAAUAGAAAUUAUAAACCACCAGUUGGAUAUGCGACAAAUGAUAAUACGUGAAUUGCCUAUUCCUGUGCCUAAUACACCAGACCAAAAAUAUAUGAACAUAAAUUUGCAUAAUAUGGGAGAAGCGAGACGAAAAAUUACUAGGAAAGCUUUAAAACAAAUAAUUAUGGAUGAAUUAAGAUUGUGGAUGAGUACACAAACCCCAUCAUUAUAUACAAGAACUACUCAGGCUGGCUUUAAGAAUGUUUGUACCAUAACGGACAGAGCCGACCAUGUCAUUAAAUACAGGUCUUUGAAUGGCAUCAUUUGUCAAGUAGACGUCAAUAACAUUGAUGAGAUAAUAAUAGAAUUAAAAGUACAAAUACUUGAAGAACAGUUACAUUAGACCAGAAA